AUGAUUCCUUUCACUGUUUACACUGAUGCUAGCGAUUCUGGUCUUGGAGCAGUGUUGUCGCAACGUGUUGGUUCUAGCGAAUAUGUCGUUUGCUAUGCUAGUCGGUCAUUGACAUCAGCGGAGAUGAACUAUUCAACAACUGAGAAAGAGUGUUUGGCCAUUGUGUGGGCCAUUCACUACUGGCGUCCCUACCUACUGGCAAAGGCGUUUCAAGUGGUUGCCGACCAUCAAAGUUUAACUUGGCUUCAGGGACUAAAAGAACCCAAAGGUCGCUUAGCACGUUGGAUCUUAACCCUUCAAGAACAUGACUUUGCCAUCGUACACCGCCCGGGUCGUGAGAACAGUAAUGCAGAUGCACUUUCACGGUCUUCUCUUCCAACUACAGUCGUCAGUCAUCCUCAUUUACCGGAUGAGGAGAUCGUCAUCGGGGUUAGACCCACCCUUAUUGAAACCGAAUGGUCCCGGGAAGAGAUUUGUCAGGCACAGCACGAUGAUCCAGUUGUCUCAACUGUACUUCAGGCAAAGUUGAACACGCCGGCCGAACAAGAAGCUCCUAGUGAUUGGACAGAUGAUAGUGAACUUCGUCGUUAUCGGCAAAUUUGGAAACAACUGGAAAUAAUUGACGGUGUUUUGCAUCGACGCGUAUCAACAAGUGGUCGGAAAGAUGGUCUCGUUCUUGUAGUUCCUCGGAAAAUGCGUGCGGAUCUGUUGCGGCUCUCUCAUAAUGAUCCUAGUUCUGGGCACAUGGGUAUUAAUCGCUGCGUCGAACGUUUGCAGCCGUGGUAUUACUGGCCUGGAAUGACCAGCGAGGUGCAUCUGUGGGUUGCAGAGUGUGACGUGUGCAACCAAAGGAAAUCGUCGUCAGCAUCCCACCGUUCCCCCAUGGAGAACAUCCGAGUAUCUCAACCAAUGGAGUUGUGGGCAAUGGACAUCUUAGGACCCCUUCCAAUAACAGCACGAGGGCACCAGUCUGUUUUAGUGAUGAGUGACCACUUCACUAAAUGGGUCGAAGCGGUCCCAAUGGCUGAUCAGAAAGCAGAGACGGUAGCUCGUGCGUUUAUUGACAACGUAGUGUCUCGACAUGGCAUUCCUGUGAAACUCCUCACUGAUCAAGGUAGAAACUUUGGGUCGGAGCUCAUGAAAGAAGUAUUCAAGCUGUUGGGCGUUCACAAGUUGCGGACAUCACCUUAUCACCCACAGACUGACGGCCAAGUGGAGCGGUUCAACCGUACACUGAAAGCAAUAAUCUCGUCCUACGUAAAUGGUCAUCACAACGACUGGGAUUUACAUUUACCCUUGGCUUUAUUCGCAUAUCGAACAAGUGUCCAUUCCUCGACACGCGUAUCUCCAUUUAAAGCAGUUUAUGGGAGAGAUGCUACUACGCCACUCGUGUUACUGGGCAGCACGGAGAAGCCCAAGACCCAGUUGAUUGCCGACUACUAUGCUGAACUUGAGUUUACGCUGAAAGAGGUCCACGCGACGGUUGCUGAGGAAAUCAAGAAAGCACAGACCCAGCAAAAGCAAAAUUAUGAUGCACGUAACACUGCUCAUCAGACAGAAAUUCUGAGACCCGGAGACAUUGUAUGGUUACAUAGCACUGUCAUACCGAAAGGACGCAGUAGAAAGUUCCACAAACCGUGGAUUGGUCCGUACGUCAUACUCCGUUGUCAAGGACGUUUAAACUAUGUGAUUCGUCCAAAAUCGGGAAAAGGAAGGAGUUCGUGUGUGCACCGCAAUCGACUCAAACUGGUACAGAAUCAGACGGAUGACAUUAACGAGCAAGACAUGCCAUCUCCAUUGUCGACCAAGAGCGAGAAAACCCAAAAGCAGAGAGUUGCUGAAUCACCGAUAGUUCACAAGGAAGUUGAGGCAACGAACAUGGUACCUCUAAGGAGAUCUAGCCGUCAGCGCCGACCACCUGAUCGUUACCAGGACUUUAAUUUAGAUGAGCUUGAGUAG